CUGGCGCAGCAAUCAGAUCACCAUUGAGCUGAUGAAGCCAACCAGAUUGGGUUGUAGCGCCACCUGCAACGAACGCAUGUUCUGCUACUUGAGUCUGGGGCACCGUUGAUUACCUAUCGCACCCUCUCAACACCUGAUCAAUGCAUGAAGGAUUGGCGCAUCAAGUUUGCGGAAAGUGAUACAGUGAACAGUUGCAGAUACGGUAACUCAAGCAGUCAAGGCUCAAGAUAAAGAAGAACAACGAAGAUCAUCACCAUGUGUGCGGCGGGGAAUAAGCCCGAUACAUUCGAGUUCGUGGCCAGGAUGGGGCGGUUGUCUUUCGUGACUGAUGGUGAUGAGAAGAAGGAGGAUUCCAAGGUGCCCCUGUCCUUCAUCAUUCCAACUCCGCCGAAUAGGGCCAAAGGAAGGGACAAACUUGGGAGAAAUCAGCGUGCCGCUAAGAGCGUGGACAUAGAUAUUGGCGGAUAUGACGAACGUAAAAGCCAGGGGAGUGGGGAACUACUCCAUAUUAGCGGAUCUGUCUCUUGGCGUCAUGACAUUGACACCAAGCAGCCCAAAACAGCCUGGUACAGGAACAGUAGGAGGAUCAAUCAUCCUAACCCUCCUCAAGCCUCAACCACCGGGCAAGCCUCCUCCUCGACUUCGGCCAACCAACCCAGCGUCAACCCAGACAUGGCCAUAUACAUGGACCAAUACCAACCUACAUCAUCACCCCCGCCAACCCAGGAAACAGUCACUCACCUAAUGACUCCUCAGCCUCCAUCCCAAGAUCAGGACCAUGAAUUUAGCAGCCAUAGAAAUGAUUCUGACAUCAGAAGGGGAAAGAAAGGAAAAAGUGAACAAGGGGAAUUUAGCAGCCAGAGCAAUGAUUCUGACAUCAGAAGGGGAAAGAAAGGAAAAAGUCAUCAAGGGCUUUCUCGACGAAGUAGUGACGAUGUCCUGUUUAGACUAAGGGAAAAUCGGAAGAAGCAUGAGCAGGACCUGGCCCGAAAACACGCCGAGCAGCAUCCAGUUAAUGAAACCGUACGAGAACCACACUUAUAUGUACGCCGUGCAACCAACCAUGUAUCUUAAGGCCAUGAAGAGUUCAAAUUUAUUAAUAUAUGUUUCUCAACAUCGUUUCUAUAAAAGAGUACCGCAUUGAAAAAUAUGUCAUGAUCCCUAACUUUUUUGUUUAGCAUAUGAAACACUGCUAAAUUCUAUUAGCUCUGCUUAUAAUUAUGUCAGGUAUUGUGUGCAAUUUAAUAACAAGGUGUCUGUUUGCUUUGAGUGUCCACUAGGUUUACGACGGGGAUGUGUAUUAUGUCCUGUGUUAUUCUCUGUUUUUCAUCAACGAAUUGGUUUAUGAGAAUGAAGUCUUGAGGAUACCAGGAAUACAACUUCUCCUGAACUUGUAGAUUUGUCCAUGUUUGCAGAUGAUGUUGUGUUUUUAUCUGGUACAAUACUUGGCCUACGACAUCGUCCUGACGUGUUGAAGGUGUUUUAUUUAAAAAAUAUUAUCAGACUGUCAAUUUAGACACAGUUAUGUAUAUCUAAAGAAUGGUGGCAUGUUGUCGAAAUAUGAACAAUGGAUUUAUCAUGGUAAAUAAUUAGAAAGUGUUUCGUCAUACGAGUAUUUUCAUGUAGUUGUCAUGUUUUCAAAAUAUUUGGUAUGUAGUAAACAUGUAGCUAAUAGUUUAAUGCAUGCUAAUCAAGAUAUUUUCGGUUUUAUUAACUCUUUGGUAUUAUAAUGAGUUUGUAGACAGAUUGAAAUAAUCAUCUGAGCAAGAUUUGCAUUCGUCCCUCUUAAAUGGCUCGAGGUCGCCUCCGUGGUCUAGUGGUAGAGCGUCCGCCCGGAGAACGGAAGGUCCGGGGUUUGAUUCCCGGCCGCGUCAUACCAAAAGACGUAAAUAGAAAAAGGGGGUAAAAACAAGGCUCGGAGUCAGUAUACCGUGUCUGAGUGGGGUAUUCAUGUAAAACUGCGGCACGGUAUCUCAGUGAGCUAGCACUAUACACACACACACACACACACACACACACACACACACACACACACACACACACACACACACUAAAUUUGAACUCUGGAUAACGCAGCGCCGUCACCGAAUGUCAAAUGUAAGCAGAAUGCAUUAUGGAAAUACUAGAUGAAAUCAAUUAUGCUUAUAUUUUGGCACAUCUGACCACAUUUAUUUUGAAGCGAUUAGUUUUUAAACGAGCAAACGUUUGUAAUAUGUUGUUUGUUUGCUUUGUUUUGAGUGUUUUAUAUCUAAUAUUCCGUCCAGCAUUGUCCUUAAAUCCUCAGUAGAGAUGAAUGUUUCAUGUCUACCGUUCCGUCCAGAAUAGUUCUUGUUAACACCUUGGUAAAGGUGUUCUGUAUAUGUCCAGGACAGCCAUUUUAACAAUAUGGUAGAGAUGCCCGUUUCGUAUCUUAACUUGCCAAGAACAGUUCUUGUAAUGCCGUGGUUGAGACGCAUGUUUUUUAUCUAACAUUCUGCCAAAACAGCCCUUGCUUGCGCCCUUUGGAUGGAUGAGUGUUUUAUAUCUGACAUUCCGUCCAGAACAAUCGUUUAAACAAUGUGGUAGGGAUUCCCGAUUCGUAUCAAAUUUGCCAAGAACAGUCCUUGUAGCACCGUAGGAAAGAUGUAUGCUUUGUAUCUUACAUUACGCUAAGAGCAGUCCUUGUAACAUUGUGGUAGAGAUGCAUGUUUUGUGUCUAACAUUCCGCAAAGUGCAGUCACUGUGACACUAAUAGAGAUUAAUGUUUUAUAUCUAACAUUCCACUUAAAGCAGUCCUUGUAACGCUGUGGUGGCGAUGCAUGUUUUGUAUCUAACAUUCCGCAAAGAGCAGUCACUGUGGCACUUGUAGAGAUUAAUGUUUUAUAUCUAACAUUCCACUUAAAGCAGUCCUUGUAACGCUGUGGUGGCGAUGCAUGUUUUGUAUCUAACAUUCCGCAAAGAGCAGUCACUGUGGCACUAGUAGAGAUUAAUGUUUUGUAUCUACCAUUCCACUAAGAACAGUCCUUGUAACAUUGUGGUAGAGAUGCAUGUUUUGUAUCUAACAUUAAAUUUUUAUAACAACAUUUUUUGUAUCAAAAAGCCCUUGUCAACGCCCAUUGCAAACAUGAGUAUCUUAUGUCUAGAAUUCUGCCAAGAACACCUUGAUAGAGAUUUAUGUUUCGUGUCUAACAUUCCGUCCAGAACAGAUCUUGUUAACACUUUGGCCCAGAUGCAUGUUGUGCAUCUAUCAUUCCGUCCCGGACAGUUCUUGUUAACACCUUGGCCCAGAUGCAUGUUGUGCAUCUAACAUUCCGUCCAGAACUGUCACUAUCAAUGUCCGACAGGAGAUGAAUGUUUUGUGUCAUUCUGUUUAUUAAUAAAUGUAUUCCAUUCAAAGUUGUGACACAUGCAUAAAGUGGACAAGUACAUUUACCUUCAAUGCAUCUUGUUGUAUACCAUAUUUGAACAAGGCAGCUGAUAUUAAUAUUAGACUUAUUUUGAGAGAAAGUAUUUUAUGAACGCAUCACUUGAUAUCAUGUUUACGAGAAGCGGUAGUUGUCAUUUGCUUCACUUUUUUUAUACCAAUGGGUUCUCAUGUUUUUGUUUGUAUAAUAUAUUUCUAUUUGACAAAUAUCCAUCAAUAUCUUAAUGAAUACAGAAAGGAUACCGUGCAUUGCUUAAUACUUGAUCAAUAAAUGAAUCGUUUUGGUGAGAGCAGAAUAUGGUUUAAUGUUUAAUAAUAUUUGAUCUAAAUCCAGUUGUAUAUUGUUUAAAUUAUUUAGAGAAGUUUCAAAAGCUUUUUGAAAACCACAUAAUAAAAGCAGGCCUGGAUCGUCUAGUUGCAAAGAUAGUUAAUCUAUUUGCUAUACUCAUACUUAUUAAUUUAAAAAGGAAAUUUAAUAAAACAAAUGCCUUUUAUGGUUUUGGAAGAGAACUGAUAGUUUAAUUCUGUUCAUUGUUAUAGACAAUCUUUUUUAAAGGUUUCUUUUAUAAACUGAUAAAUUCAUUGUCCAAAAUCCCUCACAAAAAAAAUAUAGAAAGUGAAUUUGAUAUAAGUCAAUACCUGGGCUCUUAUUGUGCUGCAUGGAUAGAACUGCUUUUGAAAGAUUAUCUACAUCGCUUUAACUUUGUUUUUGUGUAUUGAUAUUGUUGAAUUUAAUACCAUUGGCUAGCUCUUUUGUGGUUUUGUUCCGUUUAUUGUAAAAAUACAAUAAACUCAUCUGCAGUAGUUUUGCCAUCUG